UGCUGCUUUUAUGGAUGCGGCAGGCAGGUGCGUGUUCAGCUCGAGGCAGAUAACGUUACAGUAAAUACAGCUCUCAGAGUGAAUUUAUGUUAGACUCAAAUUAAAAGCUUAAUAUUAAAUUCGAGUAAAAUGAGCGUUUCGACAUUUCAAAAGCUGACUAUAGUGUCAUGUGUGCUGUUAUGCGUCGCUCUUCUGUUGCCAAAAAUGCUUUUAUCUCGAGGAAAGCGAGACGCGCCGCAGACCGAAGGCCCUGCCGGAAAUUUUCCUCCUAUGCCACACAGAGCGCAUGUCUCCGAUGAGCAGCAUCGUUCUGGCCAACAGUUCUCCAGAGCUCAUAAUACUGAAGCCAUGGCUCGGGCUAAAGGUGCAGGUACAGGUGCGGGCACUGGAGGAAAGUCGAACCUUGCUGGACAGGUCAUUCCUAUAUAUGGCUUUGGGAUAUUUUUGUACAUCCUUUAUAUUCUUUUCAAGAUCACAUCCAGAGGCAAAACAACUAAACCUCCAGAGAGCAGAUUUUCUGCCGUCAGAUCACAAAACAUGAAGAGGAAAAUUACUGAUUUUGAGUUGGCUCAACUGCAGGACAGAUUGAAUGAGACAAAAGAUGUUAUUGAGACUAUUAUUUCUUCAGCGAGUGUCUGCUCACACAGUGUUGGUGCUGUAUCAGGACAUGAGGAACAGAGGUUACUGCACCAGCUAAAGGAGAUCACGCGUGUCAUGCAGGAGGGGCACCUCAUGGAUGAAAUGCCACCAAACACUGAAGACCAAUCCUGUGCCCAUGACUGGAAAGAUUUUGCGGAAGACGGUGAGAAUGAUGUGAAUCAGCAUUUCUGUGGCGUUCAUUCACCCGACAUGAGCUCAAACACGGAGAUGCGAGAGGCGUGUGAACGGGAGACGUGUGUGGACAAGACAGAAGAAGAGCCCAUCACUGAACUCAAUGAUAAGAAGACUGAUGCUAACAGAUCGAUAGACGACUUGUCUCCGUCUGACUCCAUGAAACACCAAUGUCAAACAGGAAGUGACACAACACUCCGCUCAGUUUCAGAGAACACCACCAUCAGACAAAGGAACAAAAAAUCUGUCAAAUAAAGGACAUCAUGUAUAAUCUCAAUACAGAUGUCAGACUAAAUAUGAUGCUUGUUUAGAUUGCAGCACACACCUUUCACUUUUUAUUGUCAUUUUAAACUACACAAUAGAUCAUGUUUGAAGACAGAUCAGCUUUAUUAAAACAAACAGAGAAAUAGAAAAGUGGUUCAUGUUGACACAUCGCUCUCAAAUGAAAUAUACAUCACACCAGCUGUGUCAACUUUAUUUAAAGCAUUAUGUACUGAUCUUUAAAUGUAUGCAUAUCCUUAUCCCACCUAUAGCCAGAGGCUGCAACAACCAGAAGCUAUGGAGA